AUGCAAAAGUACAAAGUUUCCUUCAAAGGACAAAACAUUUACGUCGGAAUUGACGUACAUUUAAAAACGUGGCAUGUGACAACGCUCACGGAGAGCGGCUACAAGUAUUCAUUCGCUCAGCAUGCAGAUGCAAAGGAGCUCUUUGACAGAUUGAACAAGAAAUUCCCUGAAGCUCACUUCAAAUCAGCCUAUGAGGCAGGCUUCUGCGGUUUCUCUGCUCACUAUGCUCUGACGGAGCAGGGCAUAGAGAAUAUCGUGGUUAACGCUGCCGAUAUUCCUACGACAGGUAAGGAAAAGACGAUGAAGACGGAUGCCGUGGAUUCAGAGAAGAUUGCCUGGGCGCUGAAGCGUAAUGAGCUGACAGGCAUCUACAUCAAGGACAAGCGGUACAUGGACGACACAAAUCUGAUUCGCCUGCGUCAGCGUUUCAUCAUGGAUCUCUCCCGUCAGAAGAACAGAACGAAACAUCUGCUGUAUACUCAGGGGGUGACAUAUCCUGAGCGUUUCCGUAACAGCAAGACGCAUUGGUCUCGCAACUUCAUGAAAUGGCUCCGCGAGGAAGUGGAACUGCUGUCUGAGCAGAAACUUUCUCUAUUGCUGCUCUGCGAUCAAGUGGAGAAUACGAGGAAGGCCAUCCUUAAGGUUACUCGCGAGAUUCGUCGUUUGAGCACCACAGACAGGUACAAGGAGAAUUACGACCUUCUUUUCACUGUGCCAGGGUUUGGCCUUAUAACCUCCAUGUCGAUGCUGACGGAACUGGAUAACGACAUCAUGCGAUUCCCCAACGAGCGAAGCUUUGUGUCUAUGCUCGGACUUAUUCCUACCUGCCAUGACUCUGGCGAGAAGAAGGUCAGCGGAGAGAAAACAAACAGAGGCAAUAAGCACCUCGGUCCGCUCAUCGUAGAGGCAAGCUGGGUGGCAAUCUAUAGAGACUACCAGUUGGGGGCAUAUUACUCAAGCUGUUGUCAGAUCAUGAAACCCCAUAAGGCCAUUAUCAAGGUCGCAAGGAAACUCGCCUGCAGGACAUACGCAGUUUUGAAGACAAAGACCAAGUAUGAACUGUCAUAA